AUGACUAAAGAUCGAUUGCCCGCGUUGCGGGCUGCCCAAAAUACUGAAGAUAGCGAUCCAGAUGCAGCAUAUACUGCUAUUAAUAUGGAAGAUAAUAGUCGAUUUAUGUCCGACUUUUUUGCUCAUGUGGAUUCAUUACGUACAAAUAUUGAUAAAAUAAGUGAACUUGUUGAUGAAGUUAAACGUCUUCAUUCAACAAUAUUAGCUGCACCACAAGCUGAUGAUCGAACGAAAGAAGAACUCGAAGAAAAAAUGGCUGACAUUAAAAAAUUAGCUAAUGGUGUUCGACAAAAAUUAAAAGCAAUGGAAACUGAAUUAGAACAGGAAGGAAAUGAUAAUGCAUGGCAAACGGAACAAGAACAAGAACAGUCUCAAGCAACAUCAAGUAAAACUCAAGCACAAUUACGAAUUGAAAAAUCACAGUUAUUUGUGUUAACACAAAAAUUUCGUGAUGUAAUGAACGAUUAUAAUCAAGUUCAGUUGGGUUAUCGACAAAAAUGCAAAGAGAGAAUACAGCGGCAGCUUGAGAUCACCGGACGAUCUGUAACUGAAGGAGAAGUUGAAGAAAUGCUUGAAUCUGGCAAUCCAGCCGUAUUUACACAAGGCAUUAUGGUUGAAACAGCACAAGCGAAACAGUCACUUGCUGAUAUUGAAGCGCGACAUGGUGAUAUUAUGAAAUUAGAAAAAAGCAUCAAAGAAUUACAUGAUAUGUUUAUUGAUAUGGCUGCACUUGUUCAAACACAAGGUGAAAUGAUUGAUCGAAUUGAAUAUAAUGUUGUGCAAUCAGAAAAUUUCGUCAAAGCUGCUAGUACAGAUACGAAAAAAGCUGUUAAAUUUCAAAGUGCAGCGCGGCGGAAAUUAUUUAUUAUUAUUGGGAUUAUUAUCUGUGUUCUCAUUGUCUUGGCAAUUAUUCUAGCAAUCGUUUUUACUCAACGGAAAUAG